AUGCUUGAUUUGAUUGAUGAGCUUAGCCGUGAUAAAAAUUUCGUUAAAGACUAUGCUGAAUGGUCAUUUAAAUUAUUUUCUCAACCCGAUUAUAUAUAUGGCAGAUCACCAAGUGAAUUUCCGUGUCCUAUUUCAAAAACUAAAAGGAAUAAUAAUCCAAAAACAGUGCAUGAACUUCGACCAAGUGAUAUUCAAUGUGUUGCAGCUUUAGGUGACAGUUUAACAGCUGGUUUAGGAGCUCAUGCUGUGACACCAGCUGGAUUAUUUACUGAAAAUCGAGGUGCAUCUUGGUCAAUUGGUGGUGAUUAUACAUUUAGUACAGUUUUUACAUUACCGAAUAUUCUUCGGGAAUAUAAUAGCCAAUUAAAAGGUUAUUCAACAAAAACAUCAGUUAUUUUUCUUAAAGGUCAAAAUUCAUCACAUAAUCAGCUUAAUGUUGCAAAAUCUGGUGAUCGUUCUUAUCAUAUGAUUGAUCAAGCUCGUAUUCUUCUUGACCGAUUAAAGUCCGGUAAAUAUUGUGAUUUAAAAAAUGAUUGGAAAAUAAUUACAUUCUUUAUUGGUGGAAAUGAUUUAUGCAUAUUUUGUGAUGAUUUAAAUAAACAUAGUCCAAAAAAUUUUACUAAAUAUGUAACUGAAACAUUAGAUUAUCUUCAUGCAAAUAUUCCACGUGCUUUUGUUAAUCUUGUUCUUGUACUUGAUGUUCGUGGAGUUGAAUUACUUAAUGCAGGUGGUCCUGUUUGUAAAUUACUUCAUAAAAAAACAUGUCCAUGUGCUGCAUUUCCAACUGAAGACCAAGCAACAACAUUAAGUGAAUGGAUUCAAUCAUAUCAUAAUAUGUCCAUUAAUCUUGUUAACUCAGGUUGUUAUGAUACACGUGAUGAUUUUACUGUUGUUGUUCAGCCAUUUAUGGCUAAAACAGCACUUCCAAGACUAAUCGGUGGAGAUAUUGAUUUCACUUAUUUUGCUCCCGAUUGUUUUCAUUUUAGUGGCAAAGGUCAUGCUCGUGCAGCUUUAUCUUUAUGGAAUAAUAUGCUUGAACCAGUUGGAGAAAAACAAUGGAGUUGGCAUGAAGGAGAAAAUUUAAAAUGUCCUACUGAACAAAAUCCAUACUUUUUUACGUCAGUAAAUUCACCUAAACAUUUUGAAUCAAUACCGAAAUAA